GAGGGGUGGGAUGGGAAGGGGUUGGGAGAGUGCUGAAGGAGGAAGUAGUGAGAGGGGGAGAGAGAGGCCAAUUUGAAGAGAGACAUGAUGAUGAAUUCAACUUCGACUUGUUGGACCCUGAGAAAAAUCACAGCACCCUUUGAGUCUGCCUCCCUGUCUGCCAUAUAGGAAUCACAAAACUAAUCACAAAGCCUUGCUGGACUGUCAUGAGGAUGAUUCAACCCACUGGCAUUACUUUGAUGUAGAAAGCGAAGCCAGAAAGAUGAUAGGUGACCCUGUUAAGCUGAUGGAUGUGAGGGAAAUCCGGAAGAGGAAAGAGAGGAAGGAAGGGAUUCCAUGUAUGAACCGACGUAAGUCCUGGACUUUCCCUCCGAGCCACACAUGUGUGGAACAUACCCAGACACACAGCAGAGGCUUUGGAACCUGAGGUGACAGCAGAACCUCUGCAUACAGAAGACUGAAGGUUUUUGAACUGCAUGCUAGCAGGAAUGCAGCUGACAACAUAGUGACCGAGAUCUGCUCCCAGGGGUUCUGGAUGAGCAGGGAGAUCCACAGAAUUCAAGGCCUUCAGAAGUUGAAUGGGCCACUCAUCAGGGAGGAGCUGUGAAAAGCCUUGAUGGAAUCUAGAAACUCAAAUUCUCGUCCUGGCUCCUUCAUCAACACCAUGCCCAUAGGCAAAUCACUUAGCCUCUGGAGUUAGGUUUCCUCAUUGGUAAAAUGCAGUAAAGAGAAGGAGUCAUAAUUUAUCUUCAUUCACAGCUCUGAGUUAUCCUUCUAUUAAUAAACAUGUCACCACAUUCCCACCAGAGGUGAAGAAGAAUUUGGCUGUUUCCAAUCUAAAUAUCAGGAUACCCAUAUCAUUACAAAUGAGGGAAUACAAGAACAGGAGACUUGGGGAAAGUUUGGAUGUGCCGAGUUUGAGGUCCCUGUGGGUCUCCAAAUGGAACCACACCACUGGUAGUUGGCCCUGUGGGUCUAGCACUCAGAAGAGAGGCCCUGUCUGCCGAGAAAUUUUGGAAGUCAUCUAUGUUAGAUGCUGAUCCCUAAUAAACAUCUUGCACACCGGAUUCCAUCUCAGCAUCUGUUCCAGAGAACCCAACCUAGAAUAAUCAGCUAUGAUGUACCAAUCCGAGUGAUGGUGGAUCUAUGUAACAGCACCAAGGGCAUCUGCCUGACAGGACCACCUGGCCCACCAGGACCUCCGGGAGUUGGUGGGUUACCAGGACACAAUGGAUCAGAUGGACAGCCUGGUCCCCAGGGCCCAAAAGGAGAAAAAGGAGCAACUGGAAAAAGAGGAAAAAUGGGGCCACCUGGAGCCACAGGAACUCCAGGAGAAAAGGGAGACCCUGGUGAGCUGGGUUUGACUGGAAAUGAGGGCCCACCAGGGCCAAAGGGGGACAAAGGAGUCAAAGGGGAUGUGUCCAAUGAUGUGCUCCCCACAGGUGCCAAAGGUGACCAAGGCCCACCUGGCCCGCCUGGCCCACCUGGGCCCCCAGGCCCUCCAGGUCCCCCAGGACCCCCCGGAAGCAGAAGAUCUAAAGGCCUACGGCAGCCAAACAUGUUCAAUGGCCAGUGCCCAGGGGAGACAUGCGCCAUACCAAAUGAUGAUACCUUGGUUGGAAAAGCUGAUGAGAAAGGCGGGGAACACCAUUCUCCGCAAGCAGAAUCCAUGAUCGCUUCCAUUGGAAAUCCAACACAAGUACUGAAAGUUAAAGAGACAUUUGGGACUUGGAUAAGAGAGUCUGCUAACAAGAGUGAUGAGCGGAUCUGGGUGACUGAACAUUUCUCAGGCAUCAGGGUGAAGGAAUUCAAAGACCAACCCUCCCUGUUGAAUGGCAGUUACACUCUCGUGCAUCUCCCAUAUUAUUUCCAUGGCUGCGGGCAUGCCGUUCACAACAACUGUCUCUACUACCACAAAGGAGGCUCCAACACCAUAGUGAGAUUUGAAUUUGACAAAGAAACAUCCCAAACUCUGAAACUUGAAAAUGCCCUGUAUUUUGAUCGAAAAUACCUCUUUGCAAAUUCCAAGACUUACUUCAAUUUAGCUGUGGAUGAAAAGGGUCUUUGGAUUAUCUAUGCUUCAAGUGUGGAUGGCUCAAGCAUUCUUGUCGCCCAGUUGGAUGAGAGGACAUUCUCUGUGGUGCAACACAUUAAUACCACAUACCCCAAGACCAAGGCCGGUAACGCCUUCAUUGCCCAAGGGAUCCUUUAUGUCACGGACACCAAAGAUCUGAGGAUAACAUUUGCCUUUGAUUUGUUAGGAGGUAAACAGAUCAAUGCAAACUUUAAUUUAAGAACUUCCCAGUCUGUUCUUGCCAUGUUAUCCUACAAUAUGAGAGACCAGCAUUUAUAUUCAUGGGAAGAUGGUCAUUUAAUGCUUUAUCCUGUGCGGUUUUUGUCAGCUACAAUAAACCAGUGAUGAGAUGCAUUCUGUUCCCCCUUGACAAGUUUCAGAUGUUCUCUGGUACCAUGAAUAUUCCAACAUAAAACUUGUCUUUAGGGUAACCAGGUCCUUAGCUGUCAUAAUCUCAUGACAUGAGUGUUUAUAUGGUCAGGGAACCCCCUUUAAAUUCAGAUUCCUUAGAAGAAAAUAGCAACAGACUGGAGGUCAAGAUGGCUAUGAUUUGGUGAUUUCUCCACAGACUAUCUGGGCAAGUUACCCUUCUCUCUGUGAGCCUUGUUUUCCUGACUGGUAAUAUGAAAGGGCUGCCAAAGAUGACUGGCAAGAUUCCCUCCACCUGUAGGGAUUUCUGUGCUUCUCGGCUGUUACUGCUUUCACAGCUGUUACAUAUUUGGUUUGGUUUUUUGGUUUUUAGCCACAUGCUGAGCAAAUUUACCUCCGAGAUAAGUCCGAACACUUGAGCAAUGAAUUCCUUAGUAGUGACUUGUGUUCAGUGCCUUGGGAAGCUGCAUGGACCCUUUAAGGCUGUGGAGGGACCACAUUACCCAUAAUUUACUACCAUUCUCUGCGUCUGCAUCAGCCACCACAGCGCUGGAAUGAGCAUCAUCCUGGGCUCGCGAUUGCCGCUCCAAAGUUAAAAAAGCCAGGCACAACUACACGCUCAGGCUUGCUAGUGAAACAGAAACAGGCACUUCCAGGUUCCUAUCAGUCUCUGAUCCGGCUGUAGAUCACAAACACUGAAUCCUCACGUCACCCUGGCUGCUGCUUUCACUGCUACACAUCUGCUAUCAACUACUAAAUAUUAUGUGAGUAGGCAUUAAUCUAGCUAGAACCAUGGGAAGCCCUCUGCAGUUUUUGGAAGAGGCACCAUUUGUGAUUAUUAUCUAGAACAGGGACGGGCAAACCAUGGCCCUUAGGCCAAAGCUAGACCAUUGCAAGUUUUUGUGAAGUUGUAUUGGAACAGGGUCACUCGCCUUUGCUUGUGUAUCAGAGUUUGUGACUACUUUUGCUCUACAGUGGCAGAAUUGAGUUGUUGCGAAAAAGUUGAGUAGGGGCCCUGCAAAGCCUAGAACAUUUACCCUUUGGCCCUUUACACCAAAAGUUUGCCAACUUCUGGGCUAUAAAGUGAGGCUGAUUGUUGGCAGGGCUUGUUCGCCAGAGGCUGUUUGUUAUGUUUUGUUUUAUUCCAGACAAAGAAAGAGUAAUAAUAUGGUUUGAGUGUUUGGUCGAGGGGAAGGGUGAGAACAGCAUAAAAUUAAGUGGCCCUCCCCCAAAGCGGUUAGUAAACCGCUCUUUCCCUAAUGUAGUUUCAAAGGAUGUCAUCUGAUCCCAUUGGAAGCUAGGAGAAAAAUCCAGUUUAACUUGCACCUGAAUGCCCUUAAGUAUGUAAUUUCUGCCGAUUCAGUUCUUCAGACAUCCUGCAGCCUGGUGUAUGGGCAGGGCUGCUGAGAGGAGAGAGGAAUCUGGAAAGUUACUGGGGUCCCACAGCCAGGAAGGAAGGGGACCCAGAGAAAUCUUAUGUAAAGAUUUUUUUAUCUGUUUGCCUUCACUGAAUUCGUGUGUGUGUUGGAGGAGAGCCACACACUCAGGGUUUUUCAUACUUGGGGGCCCCGAGUGUGGCCUGAUCACUUAUUUAAUGGAAGCAUUUUGAAACUUAUGGGCUAUACAUAUUUGGGUAUUUAAAUCUCCCCACCCCCUGAAAACACUUAGGCAGCUACUGGGGACUUCUUUGUUGUUGUAUUCUCAAAAUAAUGGAUAUUUGAAAGCUUUUCUUCACUUCUCUGUUAGAUUGGUUGUGUCCUGUCAGCAUAGCUUAAAAAAAAAUACUGUUCAGAUUCAUGUUUUGUAACAAAGUAAAAUAGUUUCAUACUUAAGAUCAAUGCAUCUAGAGAAUACUAGUCUUUUAAAGUAUUUGAAUAUAUGUGUUUCUGUUUCUGGACAUAGGGGACCUGGAUAUGAAUACAGUUUCAUAGUAAUAGUGGUAUUAGUAAUAUAUACAUCCAAUACUAAUUAUAUAUAUGGUAGCAACCAAAGAAUCUUGUUGAAUUAGCACAUAUUCCUUUCAGAAAAAAAUUUUUAGAAACCUCAGUCUUGAUAUCUGAACUAUCCUGACUCCCUUAAUUGUGGGUAUGGGAUUAUAUACUCACUGCUAAGGAAGUUCAUACUGGGAUUUUUUUUUUUCCCCAUGGAGGACUAAUAUCGGGAUAACUGAGUCUGAGCAGGGUGUAAGUAACAAUAUAAUAGGGUUGAAGGUUUGUCUUUACACAAGGCAAAGAAUCCAGAUUUUACUCCUUCUUGCCUGCAAAUACUACUUUAUAAAAAAAAAAAAAAGGCUUGGGCUCACUGCUAAAGUAGGAUGUACAACCUAAUGUUUUUAAGUCAAGAUACCAUUUUAGAAGUUUACAUUGUCACUUAUAAUCAAAGUUGCUUUAAAGCACUUUUCAAAUAUCUGCACUUCUGAUGUCAGAAUCAAAGCAGAUAAUUUCCUAAUUCUUCUUUAAUCUAAAAUAGAUAGCUUUCCCCUGGAAAGUAAAUAAAACUGUCCUCCCAACCUCAAAUGUAGGCCAGACACUAUUUCAAAGCAUUUUCUCUCAAAGUGAUAAUGUGUCGUAUCAAAGCCGUGCAGGUGGUCAUGGUCUCAAGUGGAUCACUAAGCACAGAUGUUAUGACAGAGAAAGAGUUCUGGGGUG